GUCAAAUUGCUGAAGAAUUUAGGAGUCGAUGCUUUCAGAAUGUCCAUCUCUUGGCCUCGAAUAUUACCUUAUGGGAAGCUAAGCGGUGGAAUCAACAAAGAAGGAGUAGCCUUUUACAACAACGUCUUCAAUGAGCUCAUAGCAAAUGGUAUAACCCCAUUUGUGACACUAUUUCAUUUUGACGUUCCUCAAGCACUAGAAGAUGAGUAUGGAGGCUUCCUAAGUCCACUCAUUAUAGAUGAUUUUAGAGAUUUCGCAGAAGUUUGUUUCAAUGAAUUUGGCGAUCGAAUUAAGUAUUGGAUGACAAUAAAUGAGCCAUUUAUAUUUGUUGUAACUGGAUAUGAUGGAGGUUUGUACGGACAGUUAGCGCCUGGGAGAUGUUCCUCUUGCCCUCAAGGUAACUCUGCAAUCGAACCUUACGUUGUCGCUCAUCAUUUGCUUCUCUCUCAUGCUGCAACUUUCAGACUAUACCAACACAAAUAUCAGGCAACUCAAAAGGGAGAAAUAGGCAUAACACAAGUAUCCAACUGGAUUGUACCUUAUUCGAGUACCGAUCUCGAUACCAAAGCUGCACAACGAGCCCUUGAUUUUAUGUACGGAUGGUUUAUGAAUCCAAUAGUAUAUGGAGAUUAUCCAGCAAUAAUGCGUUCCAUUGUUAAAAAUCGAUUGCCAAAAUUUACAGAGGAGGAAAGCUUAAUGCUGAAAGGUUCAUUCGGUUUCAUAGGAUUAAACUAUUAUACAGCAAAUUAUGCAGCACAUAUCUCCACUCCCAAUCCCAAUAUUAGCUGCUCCACUGAUAAUAUGGUUUAUCUUUCUUCGGAUAUUGACGGUGUACCAAUUGGUGAUCCGACUGCAGUUAGCGUUUUCUAUGUCUACCCACUGGGACUCCAUGAUAUUCUACUCUACACCAAGCAAAAAUACAACAUUUCCAAAACUAUUUACGUAACAGAAACAGGUAUAGGUGACUUUUACAAUAGCAGUACAGAAGACCAACAACGAAUUGAUUUUUACUAUGGUCAUAUUAGAGCCGUUCAACAAGCCAUUGAGAAGGGUGUAAAUGUAAAGGGCUUUUUUGCGUGGUCAUUUUUGGACAAUUUUGAAUGGGCGCAGGGUUACACGAUUCGAUUUGGAUUUUAUUAUGUGGAUUACGAGAAUGGGCUUAAAAGAAUUCCUAAACGAUCUGCUUUAUGGUUUAAGAAUUUCCUCAACUACAAGUAAAGAUGUACUUAUGUGCGUAUAUUGAUCUAGUAAUUGAGUGGUUAAUGUUUGAAUCACAGAUUAAUUUGAAUAUACUGUUAUACAACAUUUAAAAUUUAUAGUAUUUAAUUUAUUUACAAUU